AGGGGGCCAUGCAGCCCGGCGUGUUGCUGGGCCUCCUGGCAGCGGCAGUGGUGGCCGUCAGUUCUAUGCCAGUGGAUAACAGGAACCACGAUGAAGAAAUGGUGACUCGCUGCAUCAUUGAGGUCCUCUCAAAUGCCCUGUCAAAGUCCAAUGCUCCACCCAUCACCCCUGAGUGUCGCCAAGUCCUGAAAAAGAGUAGAAAAGAAGUCAAAGAUGAAGAGAACAGUGAAAAUGAAAACACACGAUUUGAAGUAAGGUUGUUAAGAAACCCAUCUGAUGUCUCAGAAGCCCACAGGCCUUCUGGUAGGGAGGAAGCAAGAGCUCCAGGGGAGGAGGAUACCCAAGGCCCAACAAUGGCAGACACAGAGGGAGGUGGGCACAGCCGAGAAGAAGCAAGUGAACCCCAAAAGGGCCUCUACCCCUCUGACAGCCAAGUCUCCAAAGAAGCAAAGACACACCGUUCUGAGAAAACCGAGGAAGAGGACAGGAAGGAAGAGGAGGGAGAGAAAUACCAGAAAAGGGAGAAUGGGAAAGAUGGAAGUGAAGAGAAAAACCUGGAAGAACCAGAAGAGACACAAAAUGCCUUUCUCAACAAAAGAAACCAGGCUACAGCUAAGAAAAAAGAGGAGUUAGUGGCCAGAUAUGGUACACACUCUGCUGUGCCCCCUGAGGAGAAGACACACAGUCGAGAGAGGAGUAGCCAGGAGAGUGGUGAGGACACAAGAAGCCAGGAGAAAUACCCUCAAGAGUCUAAAAACCACGUUGGGAGCCAGGAAGAAUCUGAGGAAAGUGAGGAAGAUGCUGGCCCUGAGGUGGACAAACGACGCUGGAAGCCAAGACACCACCAUGGGAGAACCAGGCCUGACAGGUCCUCUCAAGAAGGGAAACCUCCCUCCAAUGAAAGGGGACACUUCCAUGAGGAAUCAGAGUCAAAUGUGGGCAUGGCCAGCGUAGGGGAAAGAAGAGACCAUCAUCCAGCCCACUACGGGGCCUCAGAAGAAGAAGAACCUGAAUAUGGGGAAGAAGUAAGGAGUUACCCAGCUGUCCAGGCUCCUGAGGACCUGGAGCAGGGACGAUAUGGCAGCAGAGGAAGUGAGGAGUACAGGGCUCCAAGACCUCCCAGUGAGGAGAGCCAGGAGGAGGACAAGAGAAAUGGCCCCAGCUCAGAGCUGGACAUCAUGGCACAUGGAUAUAAUGAAGAAAGUGAGGAAGAGAGGGGCCGACAAGGGGGACACCACUAUAGAGCCAGAGGAGGGGAACCAGGGGCAUAUUCCAUUCCAGACAACAAAGAAGAAAAACGGUUCUUGGGUGAAGGACACUACCAUGUUCAAGAAACCCAGAUGGAUAAGGCAAGGAGGCAUCCACAAGGCGAGUGGAAAGAGCAGGACAGAAAUUACCUCAAUUAUGGUGAGGAAGGAGCCCAAGGGAAGUGGCAGCAGCAGGAGGACCUGGAAGAUGCUAAAGAGAGCAGGGAGGAAGCUAGGCUUCAAGGCAAACAGUAUACUCCCCUUUACACCACUGACAAGAGGAAGAGAUUAGGGGAGCUGCUCAACCCGUACUAUGACCCUGCCCAGUGGAAGAGCAACCAUUUUGAGAGAAAAGACAACAUGGAUGACAAUUUUCUUGAGGGUGAAGAGGAAAAUGGGCUGCCCUUGAAUGAGAAGAACUUCUUCCCAGAAUACAACUAUGACUUGUGGGAGAAAAAGCCCUUCGAAGAGGACGUGAAUUGGGGAUAUGAGAAAAGAAAUCUCCCCCCAAAACUAGAUCUGAAAAGGCAGUAUGACAGAGUGGCUGAACUGGACCAGCUCCUUCACUACAGGAAGAAGUCAGCGGAAUUUCCAGACUUUUAUGACUCUGAGGAACAGAUGAGCCCACGCCAUGCAGCAGAAGAUGAGAAGGACAGGGUUGGCCAGGGAGUUCUGACAGAGGAAGAGGAAAAAGAACUUGAAAACUUGGCUGCGAUGGAUUUGGAACUACAGAAAAUAGCUGAGAAGUUCAGUGGUAACCGAAGGGGCUAAUGGUCACUGGAGCAAAGGGCAGUUUUAAAGAAGCACCUCUGACAUUAUCUAUUUUCCACCCACUUCACUGAAAGACACCAUUUAUUUACCCAAGAGCAGAAAGUAGAAUUUACUAUUCAUUAAAUGUUUGACACAAUUUGAAAAUGCUUUAAUUUUUGCCAGAAUGCUAUUGAAAAUAUGAAUAGCAUGACUUGUAGCAUAUCCUUUCUUGCAAAAUAGACAUUAACAUGCUCGUGACAAUGAUUGUGCUAUCAUCCUUGAAAAAAUGUUUGUCUUGGUUUGAAAUAAUAAAAGAUUCAUCUGAGGCCAAA